AUGGGUGCCGCUCUAAGUUGCUGUUUCAGCAGCGGAGACUCAGAGGGAGAACCCCUCAUACAAGACGCCCAGAAGGGCUACGGUUCGUACAACGACGAUGACGAUGUCAUGCAGAGAAAGUUAGAAGAAGAAGAGCAGAAGCUACUGGCUCGAGAACAAGAGCUCACGGAAAUUGUGAAUAACACAAACGACAAACUAAUAGACAUAUCCAUGAUGAGCAAUAGUGGCAUAGUAGUACAGAGUCACGAUCUUGGAGACGCCCUGGAUGGCGAGAAAGGACAGGAAGGACCUAUUGAUAGAAGGCCAGAUGGGUUAAGAAAUGUUGGCGCUGCUGGACUGGACGCUACGCAACGCGAAGAACUGAGAACCGUAUACUCUAACUUUUUUCAGGACUUGGAGAAACAGCUGGAGUUGCAUAACAAAAGUGACCUCAUUGUUAAUUUGUAG